AUGUUACAUUUCGCCAGAAAAUAUGUACGGGAGAGUGAUGAUGACGAAUGGGAGAGUGAUGAUAUCUGCGAAGUUGAAAAAAGAGAUAAACUGAAGUUAGGCUCGAAACACACAACGAAGACGCGGCUAAAAGCUAGCAAUAAACAAAAAGGACGUAUGAAAAGAACAGGGACGAGGAUAAAAGACGUCCCGACUUUGCUGAAAAAGCUUUAUCUGGUGUAUAAUAAACUAGUAAGUUUAUGUAUCAAUAUUGCCUCCGUUUAUGCGACCACUACGCCUUAUAAUGCAAAAGACCCUAUAUUGCUUUGCCUAACGACCAAAAAAUGUCGUCAUAUUCCACCAAAGUUUAUGGGUUUCUCCACGAUAGAGAAACCGUUUUAUCCAACAUCGACAGAAUCAGAAAGCUACAUUAAUGAAACGUAUAAAUAUGAUGCAAAAAGUUUUAAAAAGAUAGACGAAACAAUCGCUUUUCAUGCGGAAUCAUUGAUGAUAAAACACAAAAACUUAGAAGCUAUCAAACUGGGUUUAGUUCGAUCGUCCAAAGAUAAUGUUGUUCAAGAGCCUGGUAUUGUUCUUGUCUGCCGUUGCAAAUCUUAUAUUCCAAUAGAUGAGCCUUACUUUCCGAGUAAACUACAACAUCCGUCAUCUAAAACAUUCUACCAUACUGAUGUAAGGGAAGGUUAUUUCAAGUUGUCUUCUUCCUUAACUAGAAGGCCUUGUGAAUGGAAUAAAGAACUUGCAAUGGGUUGCAGCAUUGGACCAGAAAAUGAUGGAAUCAGUGCUUCUCUUGGACCUUUUGUCAACAUAAAGGAAACAAAUGAGCUAUGCUUUCUUACAGUUCGGCAUCUAUUUCAACCGCUAGAUUUACCUGAUAGGCGACUUUUAGGAUUAAAUGUAGUACAGCCAGCGGAUAGUGACUUUGGUUGGAGUGCCCAAGGGCAAUGGAAUAAUCGUCGAUGUGGAACCGUAAAAGUUGCGGAAUUAAGUAACAAUAUAGAUGCCGCACUUGUUGAAAUAUAUCCGCCUCGUGCUCCGAGUAGAGGGUAUUUUGUUGGUAUACAACCGGGCGAUUUAGAUGACACAGGUUUUGCUGCGAGUUGUUUUCCAUCUUACGACGACGGUUGUGAUAGAGACGCAAGACGAUUUCGUGGACAAGACUACGCCCACGACAGAGUUAUAAAAUUUGGUAAACAAACUGGUUUAACUAAGGGUGCUAUUCAGAUACGAAACAUGGCCGUGAGAUUAAGAGAUGAAACGGGGCAUAUACAAUGUGGCAGUCGCAUGCAGAGUCGUUUAAUGAUUCAACAGCUUCAGAUAGACUCGUUUGCAAGGAAAAUCUUUUUCGAGAAAGGGGACUCUGGAUCUGCUGUGUUCUCAGUUGACAAAACUAACAAACUGUUUUGCAUAGGGAUGGCGAUUGGAGUAAUGUCAGAUAAGACGUGCAUUGUUACACCUAUACAAAAUAUUUUGGAAAGACUUGGGCAAAAACUAAGACAAACCUUAGAAUUGAAGGCGUUUCCGUCUGAAAACAUGGAAUUUUAAAUACAAAAUAUGUUUCAAGGCCGGAGAAUCUGCAAGUGCUAAGACAUCUUUUACCAUUUUAAUUGGUUACGAAUAUGUAUUGAACAAGAACAGAUUUUAAGUGUUUGAGUGCAGAUAUACGUAAAUAUCGAAACAACCGUAAACUUAUUUCUACUUGUAUUCCAAAAAUAUUUCUGUGUUAAUUUGUGUGUAAAAUGUUUUCGCACUUUGUUCAUUUGUUCAAGGAAACCUAAUGAAAUUGUUACUUAAAUGUGGUACAGUAUUGCCUGACAUCGUUUGCGUAUCGAACCGAUAGGUGCUGACAUGUCCACUCCUGGAUAUUGUGUUGAUGUUCGACGUUGAAAUAUUUCAACGUUCAACACGCAGAUCAAAAGUAUUCCACAGGUGCUUGAUGGGAUUCAGAUAUGUUCAAACAUUGUGCUGGCCAAUCUUUAUAAUGAAUGCACUAUUACUCGAUCUAAAGAAAUUCAAAGUAUAUCGUGCGGUAUGUCUUGUGAUAUUAUCCUGUUAACACUGAGUGAUUUUGACACUAUUUUUGAAACGGUGGAAUGACGUGUCUCACAAGUAUCUCAUCCCAAUAAGAUUGGGCAUUCACAUUCCUAUCGAUCACAACGGUGUAUGAUAACCAUAACAUAAAAAUAACGCUCUUUCGUUGACAUUGCCUAAUCCAGCGGUGUGUUAAUGUGUCAAAUAAACACAAUUUACACGAUGAUGUCGCGGUAAUACUCUACCUAUUUGAAAAUAUAGACCGACCUCGCGCAGGCGAUUACGUGCAGGUUGGGGAUAUACUCGUUUGUUAUGUGUACCCGGGGUUUGGUCGCAGUGGCGGUGAAAACUUUUGUGUAUGUGUUAUUAUAAUACAUCGGCUUUGACCAGACGUAGUAACUCUUGGACGUCCGCUAAGUUGCAAAUCGUCCGUUUGUCUUGUUGCUAGAAAACGCGGCCUAAGAACGGCUAACACUGCAAGUAAACAUAUUUGUCUCCAUGCCAGUAUUAAGCAGACCGAGGACACGUUUAAGUAGUAUAAUGCAAUUCUAUGUAUAUUUAAAGGACAGAAACUUGAUAAUGUCUUUAUUUAGUGAUAAUAAAGUCUCUAAAAUCAAACUUGAAUAUUUGAUUUUAAGAAAAUAGAUUAUAUUGGUCCGUGCAUUUGCCAGAAGUUUAAGUUUAACCUUUUUGUUUUGUUGUUGUGUGUAGUGAAUAUGAAUGAGUUAUAAUGUGUUUAAUGCACCUGUUCUAUAAACUUAUGCAGAAGCACGAGGACAACUUCACAGCUUGAGUUAAAAAGGCGAGGGUUUAUUGUUUAUGUAGUUUCAUUUUUUUGUAUAGUGUUUUAAAUAUUAUUGCUUUUAUCAUGCUUUCCGCGUGCAAGUGCGACAUUUUUUGUGGUUU